AGGCCGUUUUCCGCCUCAUACCCCACACAUUCUAGGCUUUUCUCUCCCUGUGUUGCAGACUUUAGACCUAGAUUUUUUUUCCUUUACAUACUAGUUUAUCUAAUGGGGAUUUCCCUCUCCUUCUUCGCAGAAAUGAUUUCUCCAAAAGGUCUAGAUAAUUGAGAUCUCUUUCAUCAUGUAGUGCGACACUACGGAGACUACAGGUGGAAUGAGUUUUCCGAUUCUAAUAUGUGGCCACCACGCAGGAGGUAAUUGAAUGCAUGUCAGUAUUUCAGCACUCGUGCAUAGACCAAUCAGUCGUAGGCAUGUAUGUUCUUAUAAAAUAUAUAAUAGGACUUGACUUGACUACCUCCUGGAACGAGACGAGCAAUAAGGCAUGUCGUCAUUACCCAAGAAUGAUGUGGCUCCGGAAGGAGCAGGCGCUGAGGAAACACGGUGCGUGUCUCCCUCAGCUGUAUCGCCGACUCUUUUUACAACGACAUUGCUCUUUUCGCCAACGGGCAGUCCUGCGCGUCUCGUGGCAAAAUGCAGCGAAGCUGUUGGCGCCAUUGGAAUGCGAGCGGAGGGGAUCGCUCGCCGAGCGGAAAACGUCAUCCACUGUAUCUGCAGUAGGGUGAGCCCUCUGCAGUUUGCGGUGCUGGGUUUUGCAAGUGUCCAAGUUGCACUUUUGUGCUAUGUGCUAUCCCUGGAGGGCGGAUCACGAGAAGAGAUUGAGGGAGGACCUCUCUUAAUUAAGGCUAGUUUUUCACUAUCCUUUGUGGCGUGUCCUGAGUGGCGGCACCCUUUAUUUAAAGGGAAAAUGAAUGGUAAAGAAAGCCCUUCACUCAACCACGCAUAGUGAAAAACUACCUUUAACUCAAUGGAGCUCUAUGCGCGCUUCAUCUGUGCGUUGCUCUUCGGGAUGACGGGAUUCGGUAUACUCACACAUUGUAGCCUCAAAUUGCUCAUUCAACACGUGUCUAAGCAUGUGAAGCCUGUACCCAAAAGUUUGUUUGAUGCAGCAGCGCUCUCUGCGAGGCAGCGUUGUGCGCAUAAUGGAAGCAGGAGCUGGACUUCUCGAGCUCGACAAGGGGCGGGAGGUGAAGGAGACGGCGACUCACGUACUAACUCGUGUGCUGCGCUGCUCCGGGGCUUUGUUGUAAGGAUAAGGGAACUUCAUGGAUCAAGAACUAGAAGCAGUGUUUCGUCCGACGCCGAAAGCAGUUCGUACGCAACGAAAGUCUACAAGGAGGCCGAUGCAGAUGUAGAGGAAGAGCCCUAUGAUGAAGUUGCGAAAGCGAAGACCUUGGAUGCGCCAGGCGAUGCUCUCAGCAGGGACAGCAGCGGAGAGUCAAAUGCUGCCAAUCGUCUGCGCCUUCUCGAACUAUUGAACACGGCAAAGGACGAUGAAGGUGGUAGCCAGAGUCAUGGAAGUGGGGCUGACAAACGGGACGCUGUGAGUAAGUCAUUAGCACUGAGGAAUGGCGCUUCAGCGACUACAGACGACGUAAACUCGAGUCCUGCAACAUGCAAUAAUGCGCAUCAUUUGUCGAGGAGGAGAUUAGCAGAUUGGCUCAGGAGAUUGUCAUCAAAGGAGGAGCACGCAGCGAUAGGCUUUUUUGUCGUUUCCGUCAUUGAAUUUUCGAUCGUUUUUAGCGUGCAGGAUCAGGGUUCAUCCUACCACGAGCAUGGGAAAAUCAAUUUCGUUUUGUUCUUACUGGUGACAUGCACGGCUCUUGGUUUGAUCCUGCCUAUCACGCUGCAACCGACUUGGAAGCGCAAACUUGCGGUUUUUCUCGUGUACAUCCUGGUCGUAGUAAUUCACUGCGCAGUGACGCUGCCGCACUACAUAGAGCUGUGGCCUCGCGGCGUCGGAGUCAACCUCGAAUUCGAACGCCCGUCAUCGUGCUCAGUGCGCGAAACAUGGCCAUGGAUUACAGCAGUGCCGCUGCGAAUGAACUUCCUAUUCUCCGGAACGCAGUGUGAAUCCGAAGGUGGGUAUACUUCGGUUAAGAAAACGGGUAGUAAUUCACGGAGUCGUUUAAUAAUACCAGAUGGUUUUGAGUACUACCGUAGUUGCUACUACUUGAACUUGCCUGGUUGUCUUGGUACAUGACUGUACUAUUACAGACCACGUAUCUUCACAUACACAUACUAUGCAUAGAAUCUUUUGGCUAGUUGGCCUUGACUCUCAUGAGUGUUUGUACUCAAGCUUCUGAUCUUUCUGCUCUAACACAUGCGACUUGUCAUGGCGCGGUAGCCUCGUGGUGGAAACUUGGUCGAGGGAUGCCGACACGACUGUGCCUGCUUCCGCGGACGGCUUUUUGCGAUUGAGACUUCGAGCAAGGACGCCGCAUUGGGCGACCCAUUCUGCUUCAGCUUUACAAGCCGAUCAGGACGCCGAACGACUGAGUCUUGAGCUAUUGGGGAAUUCGACGGCAACAGCGUCUACGUCGUUGAGCCUCGACAGAAAUUACACUGCACUUGUUCAUGGGCUGACUCAAAGCUUCAACGAGCUGAAUACAGGGAGUCAAACAACCAAUAGCACAACAACAGGCGAUCAGAAUAAAGCGCGUGCAGAAGUCGACACGAAGAUCGCGACGUUGCGCAGUCUUUUGACCACCGAUGUUAUCGAGUUUACACGCCGCGCGACAGCAUUGCAGGAUCUUUUUCUGCAGCAGUUCUUUUCGAAGUGUGAGGUGCGGAUGGUACGCACCCGAGGCAGCUUUGAGGUGGAGGAAGACGUUAUUCAAAAAGGGUGGGAGGAAGAGAAGUUUGUGACGAUUGAUCCUGGUGCGGCGAACCGAAAGGAGUUGGAGCAGAACUCGGAACACAACCCGAGAGGAGUCGAGACGAAACUCUUGCCGCUUCUGCUUCGUCGUGCCAUGAUUCGCGUUCUCGGUGAGAGGCAUCUACUGGAGGCAGCUGCCAGUGCGGGUCUACUCGAGUCGGACGCCUUUGUGGAGGUGGUAAAAGGAGAAGAUACGGACGAUCAUCAAGCCGAUUUUCCUACUUUUGGCGACGAAGAGAAACAACUUACCCGGCUUGGAUCUGAUUUGUCAAAGCUGAGUCGGGAUGACGGAUCUUCAAGCCCAUCAACGCAUUCCAAUAGUACCCUCACAGUUCUUGAUGCAGCUAGAAAAACAAGCUUAGCAGAGUUGGCGCGCCUUCUUCGUUCGGUCGGGUUCGCUCGGUUGAUGAUUCGAAAUAUGCGGAAGCUGUUGCACGGUGGUGAGACCGGGAAGCAGAGAAUCAGGGAGAUCUCGAUCGUUUUACCAGCAUUUCGAUCAGCAGUGUUUGGAAAAGCGACAUGUAUCGCGCCUCCGGGAUUUUCAGGGACGACAGAGUCGGCAUUCAUUACGCAGAGUUUGCUACUCGAGCCGGAAACGCAUGAGCAGGUUGCCGAUGUCAAAUGCAAUGUCACUAAUAUAACACACACCGGACGACGAGGAGGAGUUGGCUGCGACGGGGUGGUAGGAGUAAAGAACUCGACAAUUACAACUACAACCAGCUCAGUAGAGCAAGAGCCCCUCACAGAGCUAGAAACGAUGCUUUCUUGGAGAUUUGCUGCACUAGAUUUUCAAAACAGGUGGUCGAGGCGUGAGGCAUCCUCUAAACCCUACGAUCACAUUCCGAUCGUGAUGAUUGUAAUCGACGCGAUCGGGCGUGCAGAGGCAAUGCGAAAGUUACCUGAGACGUUUGCGCAGUUGAAAGCGAUGGAAAAUAGGACUUUGCAGCAACGUGGUGAACGUUCCAACUAUACGCUGUUUGAUUUUGUGCGGCAUCAUUCAACAGGUUUUGCCACGUACCAGAACGUUAUCGGAAUGCUGUACGGUUCUCCGCAUGAUAGCCACAACACGUGUCCUAUUUUCUGGCGGCACUCACCUGGUCCCAAGUUCGUUUCACCCCAGAUGAACGAAACUGACUGGACGCGCAAGAGACAGGACGUGUUUGCGCAGAGACGUAUUAUUCCCGAUGACAACAGACAUAAUGAUGCCGAUGAUUCUUCAACAUCUACCUCAACAGAUAGUGAUGGUCGUGCGCCUGGACCUGUUUCAACAUCUCUCUCGGUGUCCUCGUGGACACCGUUGCGGCGAUACGGUUCUGCUGCGGAGAAGUUUCCUGCUUGGAUGAUGGAUGACUGGGGUCCAAAUGUUCAUGAAAUGUUAGCUCCAUGGGUGGAACCCGAAUUGUGGGAUCCCGACAACCCCUUUGACAUUCUGAAUGGCGGACCGUAUAGUGCGACAAUCCGCUGUCUCGGUGGCCGGUUCUCGCACGACUAUCAACUGGACAGUGCGGCGCCGAGAAUGGUGAGAAGCAGUAGCAGAAAUCAUGUACGUGAUCGGAGGAGCGGAGAGGAGAGUGGAGCGUCAUCAUCUCUGUGCUGUGAUACUAGUCCUAGUGCAAAUACAGUCGUGCGUCCAGCCGUUUCGUUGCAUUGGUUCCUCGAGGCGCACGAAGCAACACGCGCAGUUGUGGAAACUGUGGAUAGGGGCUUGGCUCGCUUCCUACGGAGGAUUGAGCCUUCGCUGGAUGAUACAAUCCUUAUCAUCGCGUCUGACCACGGCAAUCACUUGGGUGCCUACCCCUUUCUAUUUGACAUUAAGGCCUUUCUUGAGAUGAGCAUGGUCGUGUAAGUACAUUUUCUAGUUGUGCGCGAAGUUGAAAUUGAUGUUGAGACUGAAGGCGGAUCUUCAGUGGAGAUGGUGUCAACCACGAACUGAAUAAAGGAGUAGCACCAGUCUAUUUUGCGACUAAGUAAAUAAGUGAGUUAUGACAUCUUCUGUUGAGUAUGUCUAAUCACAACGGAUAUGUGGAGAUGAGCAAUUCUAUGUUUCUCCUUUCCGCACCGAACUGGCUCCUUGACACAGCGCCAGUCGAGACCGCAUCUUCAUCUUCAUACGGUGUAGACGCGGAUGAGCGCAAAUCACAACUGCAGACUAUCCGAGAUGCGCUAGAGCGGAGUCAGCAGGAACUAACAACCCAUUACGAUAUAUACGAGACGCUGGUCGAUCUUGUAAAGCUGGACGCAAAGGCAGGUAGGAAAAAGAUGGAAGAGUGCAACAAGAUGUUGAGAAAUACAUCGAAUACUCAUGAUCAUAAUGGUGACCCUGACUCAUCUAGUACGCAGAUUCACUCGAACGAUGUACCGCCAUUUGUUCUUCCGACGGAGCAGCGAUGCUCGAAGCAUGGCCGGUCUCUGCUGCGUGCGAUUGUCGGGGCGCAAGGCGAUCGCUCAACCAGUUUAGAGCAGAAUCGGAAAAGCAUGUUUCUCCCGGAAGUCCUUCGCAAAACCUGCAUGUGCGAACAGUGCGAACUUUUCGAAGUCUGAAAGUGUUCACAUUCAUAUUUUCACACGUUUUUUCGAUUUCGUACAUCUGAAAUUUUGAAAUAGAAGACGCAGCAGGCACGUAGCCGUUAUUGAAAUUUUCACUAUAAAUGAUGAAAUUAUACUUUGUAUUGCACAUUUAUCAGUCACUAAGCUAUCGGUCGUACGUGUCCUCGCUAGUGUAUUCAAGCCUUUGAUGCUGGAAUGAACAAAUGAAAACACAUGUUGACUGCCAUCGACGUUGGUGGAAUCCGCGCAAUAGAUGUUUUUGGUGAGUUUUAUAGCCCCUGUACAGAAAAUUCUUGUCACUCUUCUAGGCAGUUCUAACUUCCGAAUGUUCAUGCGCAUGUUAAGCAAUGAAUAGUUUUUGCUUACUAAAGUUGAAAGACCACGUCAGCGAUGCUAGACGCCCGGUCGUUGUUGAUUUCGUCCAUACGAUUGCUCUACCUCUAGAUCGCUUCUAGGCUUUUUGCGCAUCGGUGUACUCAUUUUCUGCAAGAAAAAACAAAGAAAUUUAUAAACAGGUGCUAGUAUCUAUUGUAUGAAUAAUCGAUCCUCGUCUCAACUUCUCUUCUGAGUUCCUGAAUGAGCUUUUCCCCGCUCGGUCAACUUCUUGACUAAGCGCAAAACUCCAUUCCUGAAUUUAUUCCAUAAUAUUGUCCACAAACAACGUGGUAUAAAUCUCAAUUCCUCUAAAGCAAAAGUGCCAGCAGAAACUUCGGAU